AGUCUCUCAUUUCACUUCCGACCGUGAACACCUGUUGCGAUGAUAUCGCACAAGAGUCGCGAUUAGUUCUUUUCAAGUUAAGAUUUUUUGCACAAACCAAUCCAAUUGGUUUUAUUUUUGCCCUCAGUGUGGAUUCCUUAUCCAAUGAAAAUGUACUCUAAGAAAAAUUUGGGAUUUUCUUCAGCCUUAAGAGUGAUGGAAAAUUGAUGUGAUUGAGUGAUUUUUAAAGUUCCCACGAAAGGAUUCCCUUCUAUGUGAUUUUUCCCGCGUUUGUGGAACUUUUGUUGUUGUUGCCAAAUACUGCCGUAGGACGCUCACGCGGAAAAUUCAAAGUGAUCUCCCAUUCUAAACAAUCCCUUUUAUUUUCUUGUUUUAACUUCUUCUGCACCACACAAAGCCAUACGAAAUGGCCAAAGAAGUGAAACAGUGAACAAACCAUAGAGGAGAGUUUUGAAGUUGAUUCUUGUUUAACAUUCGAACCACAGACGAAAAGAGGUGCAAACUAGAAUCAGCGAAUACCAAUUGGAUCAUACAUAUAUUUACAUUGGAUAUAAUCUCCGUGUCUUUGGCUCUCUUCUUGUGUCUCAUAUUUUUCUAUAUAUACAUACAUAAAGCACCCAACAGCAAUAACGGAGACCAAUGCACCAAGAAUGCGUUUGUUCAAGGCUCGCAGAUCGAGCGACAAUCUCGCCACGACAGUAAUUAUCGAGCCAUCAGCCCCAACGGCCACUCAGUCCGCAUCCCUGGCCAAGGAUGCUGAGACUGGAGUUACCGAUGAGUGCGGCAAUUGUCGCCAUAAUUCACCAUUGGCGCCCGAGACGACAAAUGACUCUGCAGCUACCACAAGUGCCACCAUCAAUUCACCUGUUGGCGUCGCAUCUCCAAAGUCACCAUCAUCUGACACCCAUGCCGACAAGGGCACCACAGUCACGCUAAUCGGACAAAAUGGUCGAUUGCCCGGCUACAAAGUUGUGACGGCAGUACCAGCUGUUGUGCUCGAAGACACUGAAUCAGCUCCUGCCACACCACUAACAUCACCGCCAUCGGUCAAAGAAUCCAAAAAUAUGUUUACGUGGGGUCGCAAAAUGGGCAAGAAACUCGAUUUACUGCGACGCAGUGAUUCCACCAAGACCUCCUCAACGAGCUCUUCCGGCUACUCAGCCGACACACUGCGGAAGCAUCGAUCGACACUGGCCUGUAUGCAGUCAUCCGGGACGCCUGAGCGUCUCUCAAAACCACACAGAGAUCGCUCACCGAGCCCCUUCAAGACUACUUUCACAUUCUUCCGAAUUGGCAGCACCGGGAUGGGAAUGCUGCACGGUGGUCGAAAAUCCGAAGCACGAUCUGGGGUGCAACUCUACCGGAGUAGCUCAACCAGUCAACUAAAUACGUGCUCCUAUGUGAAAUGCGACGAUCCCACGGAUGGUGUUAAUCUUGCCAGCAGAAGCAGCAUUGCCCCACGGAAUACGGAAAAAUCCUCAAGUUGUGACGAUAUUGCCAAAGUGGCCAAUGAAUCGCCGAAUUCCCUGCAGCAGACCCCCAAAAGAGCCCACUUCCCCUAUGCCUUUCUACGAUCAAAGCUGUCUGUGUUGCCCGAAGAGAAUGGUGGUUCCGUGGUGAAUCAGACGCGUAUGCGUGAAAAGAUGCUGCGUGCACGGGCAGAAAGGCCACGAUCAACGGGAGAUCCACUUGAGGUAGCACCACCACCAUCAGAAGGACAAGAUACCACCAGAAAUUCCGAUUCCGCCUCCCUGCUGAGUGAAAGCCCCAAAAGUCGCAAUGUGAGUGUGUCGCGAAAGAGCUCAAUUAACCAGAAUUCCGAUGUGGAUUCAGCACUGUCGCAGAGUAAUAUUUCACGCCAUAAUAGCACAGCAUCCACUGAUUGGGGUCCCGGUGUGUAUCAGCGACUCUCAAGUUGCUUGAGUUCCAAUGAAUCUGGGUAUGAUAGCGAUGGCAGGCAUGCUGAGGAGAAUCACAGCCCCAAAUCUGAUAGUCAAGUGAAUCUGUCCAAGUGCUCAGAUCCCUACAUUGAGGCAGUAAGGAAUCAAGAUCAGCAAUCUCCAACGCGGCAGGUGCCUGUGGAGUGUGUCUCCGGGAUACGACGUCGCUUCCGGCAGAUACGCCUCGAAAAGACCGCCACCGUGGAAACCAUUGGACUAUUGCUCACGCCACAGACAUGUGUGGAGGACAAUGAAGUGGAAAUGAGAUACAUUAUUGCUGAAAUUGAUCCAAGUGGCGUCGCGCAUAGAGAUGGACGCCUCCGCGUCGGUGAUGAGAUUGUCAAUGUAAAUGGACAUCAUUUACGUGGCCUCCAAUCGCCAAGCACCGUGCAGCGGAUUCUGACCUUUGUGGACAACUGCGUAGACCUCGUCAUCGCGCAUGACGAGCUAACUACCCUGGCAAGUACCUUCAGCAGUACAAAGAUUCGCAUUGGCGACGAUCAAUCCAAGGGGGUGCACACCCUCAUGGGCAGCAAGCGACUCUCGUGCAGUGAUCUGGAUCAAUUGGUGUUGCGCACGAGCGACCCAAGUCCACAGCGCAAGGCUCUCCUGUCACCCAUGAGGACUCUAACACGAAAUCCACGUGCCUCAAAACCCUUCCCCCUUACACCCCUCUACAAUCACACCACGGAAUAUGUUCCCGUGUAUGCCAAUCGCAUCACAAUCACCAAUACCAUAAGUGACGAUGAGAAGUGGCAGAUGCUGAAGAAGCGCCCCUCAGAUACCCCAUCCACGCAGCUCUCACCACGCUACUCAGUUUCCAGCACACCAUCGACAUCCCCACCAACACGAUGUAGCCCCACAAUCGCCAUAAGCGAUGCCGAGGAUGAUGAGGAGAACUACAAAUCCAUCAUACCAAUCCCACCCAAUUUUUCCCUAACAAAACGUGCUCACUCCCUACCCGAUCCCGAUAUCCUGCGUCACGUUCAAGGGAGUCAAAGUGGACCAACAACACCCGAUGUUACGGACGAUGCUGCGUCCCAGCGCAACAGACCCAGCUACAGAUCAAUCAAAUUCAAAAAGAAACCCGACACAGAUGGAAAGUCAUUCAAAAGUGAAACUACCCUGCAACUUGUGGUGCCCGCUGAGACACACCAGACAAUUCAGAGAUCUCAUACAGAGGGGAAUCUACCGGAACAACCUGUGCCGGAGCAGAUGAAUCUCGAUAAGUGUAGUCAGAAGCAUGCCAGUUCGCAUGAGGAUACAACGCUCUCAGGUGUAAAAGACGGUGCCCAGAAGAGUACUCAACUCACAAUAAAAUUCUAUAAGGGAACUGGCAUGAAGUCACUGGGAUUCAGCAUUGUUGGCGGGAAAGACUCUCCAAAGGGCAACAUGGGAAUCUUCGUGAAAACUGUCUUCCCAAGUGGACAAGCUGCGGAUGAUGGUCAACUGCAGGCGGGAGAUGAAAUACUAAAGAUCAACAACACAAGUGUUCACGGUAUGAGUCAUUCGGAUACAAUAGGGCUCUUCAAGAAUGUCCGUGAGGGUCCAAUUGUGCUCAAAGUGACAAGAAGGAAGCAUCAGCGUGCAAAAUCCCUCGAUAGCAUGGAAAAUUCAUGAUAUUGUGGCAAUGUUGGUGUAUCACGACUGUGCCCUCAACUGGACAUAGCCCCUGCAGCACCACAUGUAGCAUUAAAAUAACUAUUUUAAGGCUUUUAUUUAAAAGAAAGAUUCAUUCACUUGUAUGUAUUUUCUUAAGAGUAUUAACGUUGUGAAAAUUUCAUUGUGUUUAGCAUAAAAAAUCGUUGUGAUUCUUCAUUAAUUUUUAAUUAUAUACAUAUAGUUUUUCAUGAAGAUUCAUUCUGAAAAAAAUGAAGAAAAAACAACUUCUCUAGUCACCGUUUUUUGAUUGUUGAAUGCAAAAAGAUUUUUGAAUAAAAAAAAGAAUCUCUAUCCCAAAA